GUGGCGCCACGCUUUCAUGUUGUUUUUAUGUAUAUUUAUUGAUAUUUAAAUUAAAUUAUAGAGGAUUAAAUUAGAAGAAAUGGAAUAUACUCUAGAAGAUACCUAUGAAGAUUUAACAGAUUUGCAAGUACAAAUGCGAAAAGAAAUUGAAGAUAUAGCAAAUAUGCUACAAAAUAAUGAAGUUACUGCUUUGAAAGAAUCAUGCACAUCAGAAGAAGUGAAAAUGAAGCAACACAAGAUGGCUUAUAAUAUAUUGAAACACAUUCCAAAAGUACCACCAAAAGAUUAUCCCAUUCCUAAAACAAUUGAUAUUCGUAUAGAUACAUUAAAUGACUUAGAAAAAGAAAUUUUAAAUGCACAAAGUCUUUUAGAAAAAACGCAAGAACAAUUGCAGAGUAUCGAAAAGGAUAUUACUUAUUUAGAAAAUAAAAAGAAUGGUUUUAAUAAGAUGCGUGAAAUGUAUUUAGUUUCUGUACAAACAUUAGAAAAUAAAACAUAUGAUCAUGAACUUCGCAUGUCUAAAAGAUUAUUUCAGGAUACAAGGCAAGAUUUGCAUAACGUAGUAGAGAUAUUGUUUCCAGAAAAUGACCAAUUUUCAGAUCUUCUAUCGACAUUGGUAUCUGCAUAUACAAAAGGUGGUGAUGAUAUUUAUGUGGAUGUAAUUCCAGAAACAUUAGAUGCUGUAAAAUUUUUAGUGGAAGCAGAUAUUAUUGCAUAUCACCCUAAUGAUAAAAAUAGAAUUAAAAUGGUAGAAUUACUAUGA